AGUCGCCAUAUUCGUUUCAUUGUCGCUUAUACGAAAAUAUAAAGCGCGCGCGGUAAAUACUGUUUUCGUAAUACGAUAAAUUUAGUUUAAUUUGAGAAAUGUCAUUUGGUACGGGAUUCGGAGGAACAACUUCGGCACCCGCUCCUGCGUUUAGCUUUGGUGCAACGGCUUCCACUACGGCGACACCAGUAAAACCGGCAGGGUUUGGAACGCCAUCUUUUGGAUUUAGUACGCCGGCUACCUCAGCACCAAGUCUCUUUGGUUCCUCUUCGACUCCAGCAACAGGAGUAUUUGGAAGUGGUACCACUUUCGGUACACCAGCUACAACUAGUUUUGGUAACACAGCAACAGGUGGCUUUGCCUCGGCACCUACUUUUUCUGCUUCUGCUACCAGUUUUGGAACUACCCCAGUGUUUGGCACGCCUGCUUCAUCGGGCACUGCAUUCGGCACCACUUCUACUUUUGGUAGCACACCAGCCACCACCACUGUAUUCGGUACAUUUGGAACCACCACAACAUCCUCUUUAGGCUUUGGUGGUUUCAGUGGAUUUGGAACUACAACAACCACCUCUGCGCCUUCCCUUUUUGGGGGAUUUGGUACUACAAGUACAGCCCCCACUUUUGGUACAUCUGUAGGUUUUGGCGCUUUCGGCGCAAAACCAACGACAACAACUACAGCCACUGGCUUUGGUGGUUUUGGUACAGGUACAGGAUUUACGGGGUUUGGAUCUGGGUUAGCACAGAAUCAACAACAGUUUCAGCAGCAACAACAACAGUUUCAGCAACAACAACAGCAGCAACAGCCUGCUAAUACCAUAUCCGAAGCGUUAUACAACGCCGUAUUUAAUUGCCAGUUAUAUAACGAUGAACGUGACAAUAUUAUCGCGAGGUGGAACCUCAUACAAGCUUUAUGGGGAACUGGAAAAGCCUAUUAUUAUAUGAAUGCUCCACCUAUAGAGCUUAAUCAAGAAAAUCCACUAUGUAGAUUCAAAGCUAUCGGGUACAGUCGGAUGCCCGAUGCUGAUAACAACGACGGUCUGGUCGUACUUUGUUUCAAUAAAAAGAAAAAGGAUGUUAAAGAGGGUGAAGCACGAUUGAUCGGUUUUAUGAAUAAUAUUUUGGGAAAUAAACCUAAUUUAUCGCUCACAAUAGACAAUAUUAAAGCGACCGGAGAAGACAAAAGUCAGGUGACCAUUUUUAUCACCGAAAAAGGAAUUACUGGUGCUCCAAGAAAAAUCCCUGCCAGCGAGUUAGUUGCGUAUUUAUCGCAACCGAUGCAGAAGCAACAAUUAGUGCAAAAUGGUGUAGAAGAUAUGUUACCUUUAGUGAAAUUAGAUCCUGCGCAGCUUAAGGAAUACUUAGACAAUCCGCCUUGCUCGAUCGACCCACGAUUAUGGAAACAGGCUCAACUGGACAAUCCCAAUCCAGAACUUUAUAUACCUGUGCCGAUGAUCGGCUUCCAACAAGUUAAGCACAGGUUAAAGUGCCAAGAAGAAGAAACAACGAGGCACAGAAAUUUCCUAGACAUGGCGGCUGAUGAAAUACAAAGAUUACAGAGACAACAUACGGCGAUACAAGCUAGAUUAAAGGAACAUCGGAGGACUCUGUUAGAAUUACAACACAGGGUGUUGCAGGUGCUGGUACGUCAAGAAAUUACACGUAAAGUUGGGUUGUCUCUGCAACCGGAGGAAGAAGUUCUAACACGUAGGUUCGAAUCUAUGCAUUCUCAAGUUAGCGCCCCAACUCAGUUCAAAGGUAGAAUUAGUGAAAUGCUAUCUCAAUUGAGAAUGAGAAAUCAUAUAGACACACAGAAUCAGGAAAGGUACGCGAUGGACCCCAUAGCGCAGGAUGAUAUAAAAGCGUACCUAACAAUGGAGCAACAGGGCAUGGCACAACUUAUAGCAACGAUAAACUCCGAUCUAAAAAGUUUGAAAAUCAUUAAAGACGGCAUGUCUGAACUCUUAAUGAGUCAUAAUAUAUCGUGAGAAUAAUAUAUAGCAACGCAAUUUUCUCGCGUAUUUUUGUCAACAUACUUCAAAAGAUAUGGUCAUUACUAUUGCCGAUAAAUAAGAUUGUAAAUCCAGCUAACAACAGAGAUACUGCACCUCCGUAAAAUUGGUGCCAUAUUCAUUCUGAAUCUACUUCCUAACUGCAACUAUUGAUUUUUUUUUAUUACGAGUUAAACACGUGUUUUUACGACGUUAAACUUUAUUUUGCUCGAAGAUAACGUUUAUCAAUUAUGAUAAUUUUCUACGUAUUAAACGACUGGCGUCAAUAUCGAACCAACCUGUUUUGGCGAUAUUUAAAAAGAGAGAAGUUUUUAUAGGCGUGACCGCGACUCAUAUUCUUUCACUGAUGUUAUCAAAAAUGCGGUUAUACAAUAUUUCCGACAUCGAGGGUAAGAUGAAACUUGUUAUGCGCUAAGAAAAAAAUAAACAUUUUUUACAUAAAUAA